GCACUAGUUGUAAUGCCUCCCCCAGCCGCCCCCUGUCUUCAAUGAAAACUGAGAUUGCCGGGGGGUGGAAAAGACCAUGAAAGGACAGAGCUGGACAGAGACACUUUUAAUGGCUGUUUGUUUGGGGAAACGUUAGUAUUGGUGGCUUGUCCCACGACUUUUUAUUUUAAGAAAAAGAAGCUAAGGACUUUCUCACAGGAGAGAUACAGCGCUUUAACUUUAACAACGUCCAACUGGUCUCGCUCGCGCCCGUGCGCUCACUGAGAUUGAGCGCGAGCUAACAGGAGUUAGCUGGACGGCUAUCUGCGGCGGGUGAGGGGGACAAUACGGAGAGGAAAGAGGGGUCGACAGAGAGCGUCGUCAUCAAAUGUAGUAGCAUGUCGCCCUCGGGAAGAAGUAACUCAAGCUUUGGAUGAGUUUCCGUGGCGCAGUUCGAUCGCAGAGACUCUCUGACGCGACGUUGUGUUGUGAUGUUUCUGCCAGCGCGGGGCUCCGGCGGAGGCGCGGCGUCGGCGUGUCCCAGAGUUGGCCGGAUACGGUACUGUGGAGACUGGGGGGUUUCUUUCUCCUCCUGCUUCUCGAAGGGGCCCGAUGCCUCGCCAACCCGAGCAACGCGCCGGGCAUAAACAAUAACAAUAGGCCGAAUGUGAACGUCUUCAUGAGCGAGGAAGAGGUCAAGAAACUGUUGGGUCUCGAUGCUGAGUUGUACUAUGUGAGGGAUGAUGUGGUAAAUCAUUAUGCCCUUUCCUUCAUCCUGCCUGUCCCCAGUGACACUAACAGCCUACAUUUCACGUGGCACUCCAGCAGCAAGGUGGAUUACAGGUUAGGGUUUCAAGUGGAAAACACUUCAGCCAUGGAUCAACCUCAGAGCAACAUCUCUGCUCAGGGGGAGGUCCCGCGCACUCGUUCAGUGUUCAGAGUGGAUAUUUUCUGCUCUGGAAAGGCUGAUGGAGAGGCUGUGCUAACAGUGCAGUUGAACCUGACUACACCCGUCAACAACUUCACAGUGCUUAACUUCAAACGCAGGAAAAUGUGUUACAGAAGAAUUGAGCAGCUGGAGCCCCCCAAAACUCUGCCAUUCCCAAACACAACCAUACAGAGAAUAGAUCCGAGCAGUUCAAAUGCUCCCACCACAUCCACACGAGUUUUCUACAUCAGCGUGUGUGUGUGCUGCAUCGUCAUCUUCCUGGUAGCCAUCAUCCUCGCUGUGUUACACCUCCACAGCAUGAAGAGAGUGGAAAUGGAUGACAGGUGCGUCGUCAGCGACAGUGGAAGCUCUCAGGGUCUGUCUCAGCCUUCCACCCAGACCACCCAGUACCUGAGGGCGGACACCCCCAACAACGCUACACCUGUCACCAAUGCUCAUACUGGCUCUGCACCCAUGCUCCAGCUUGCAGGCGCCUCCUUCCCUCACCCUGGUGCCCCCUCACACGAAACCAAAAGUUACCCCUCGCUGCGGAUAGAGAAGAAUGACUUGAGAAGCGUCUCUCUCCUUGAGGCCAAGGCAAAGGUCAAAGACAUCGCCAUCUCCAGAGAGAGAGUCACACUACGAGACGUCUUACAUGAAGGGACCUUUGGCCGCAUUUUUCAUGGAGUCUUGCUUGACGAGAAGGACCCAAGCAAAGAGAAACAAGUCUUUGUGAAAGCAGUGAAAGAUCACGCCUCCGAGGUACAGGUGACCAUGAUGCUUACAGAAAGCUGUAAACUACGGGGCCUUCACCACAGGAACCUGUUACCAAUCAGCCAUGUGUGUAUAGAAGAUGGUGAGAAGCCCAUGGUCCUGUUGCCCUAUAUGAACUGGGGAAAUCUUAAGCUUUUCCUGCGUCAAUGUAAGCUUGCUGAGGCCAACAACCCACAGGCCAUCUCUCAACAAGACCUGGUCCACAUGGCAAUACAGAUUUCAUGUGGGAUGAGCUAUCUGGCACGGAGAGAGGUUAUUCACAAAGACCUUGCUGCCAGAAACUGUGUAAUUGAUAACAGUAUGCAAGUGAAGAUCACAGACAAUGCACUGGCCCGUGAUCUCUUCCCCAUGGACUACCACUGCCUCGGAGACAAUGAGAACCGACCUGUUCGCUGGAUGGCUUUGGAGAGUUUGCUUAACAAUGACUUCUCUAGUGCCAGUGAUGUGUGGGCUUUCGGGGUUUCUCUGUGGGAGCUGAUGACCUUGGGACAGACUCCUUAUGUUGACAUUGACCCCUUCGAGAUGGCUGCUUAUCUGAAAGAUGGCUACAGAAUAGCACAGCCCAUUAACUGCCCCGAUGAACUAUUUGCAGUAAUGGCAUGUUGCUGGGCCUUGGAUCUGGAGGAGAGACCAAAAUUCCAACAGCUCGUCCAGUGCCUCACUGAGUUCCACGCAGCUUUAGGGGCCUACGUCUAAACUUGCUCAAACCGGCCGAGUUGUUGAACAGCACUAUUCCAGAGAGUGAAAGUUAAUGCAGUGCCUUACUUUAUAAAAAAAAAAAACACUAGCCAUUUUGUAAAGUGCUUUUGUUUCAUGCAGUAUGAAAUCUGGCUUUGUUUGGAAGAUGUAGAUGUUGGAGGUCUUUCUAUCUUUUGUAUAUAACAGCUGCGUGAAUAUCAAGGACUAUUUCUGAUUCUCAAGAAUAUCAUCCUCACUUGUUUGGAAUGCUGGUAUAAGAGUGUCCACAGGAAGCUGCUGAUCUCUUUGCGUCACAAAGAAGCUUUUUUUUUCUUUUCAUAAUAGAAACGACAAGAAACUGGGAAAUUUCCCUUUGGACAUUUUAAAUAUUGCGCAGAGUAAUCUGUACAUAUAUUUUCAAAGACUUCAGUGAGAAGAGCUUCGUCUCAUUAGGUCUCACUACAUUAAGCCUUGCAUUUAUUUGAUUUAAAAAGACAGUUUGGUGAGAAAACAGGUCUCCAAUGCUCAUCCUCAUCCUGGGUACAGGCAAUUGUUUUUUUUUUUUUUUUUUUUUUUUUUUUUGGGACUAAAGACGGUGGAGCCCUACAGCUGACUAUAAGCUUUACCUCCUUAAUUUCUGAGGUGGUCAUGGAGGUCUGAAGCAGCAUGUUGGGAUCCUGCAAGUCAGUCUGGACUUUGGUACAAGGUUUUUUUCAGAUUCCUAAAGUUUUUGAUGUUUGACUGUUCUGUGUCAGAACAAUGCCUUCCUUGUAUGUUUAAAUCUGUAUGAAUACAUGGACAACAAAAGAAACACGAGUCACUGUGAAUAUUUGAAGUGUACGGCUAGACACCAUUUUCAAAUCCUUUGUUUUCAAUCUAUAGGCUCUUCUUUCUAUCCUUGUGAUCACUGCAUGUUGACUUUUUUAAAGGGUUUUGUGUAAACUGAAUUCAUACCUAUCAAUUAAAUGAGGCCUCUAAAUAAAAUGGGAUCUCAGUUUUA